AGAAGACUAUAAUGGGUAGUGAUUGGGUCAUGUUUGUGGGUAAUGCAUUGCAAUAAUAACAUAUUUUCAAUAAGAAUUAAAAUAGAAGUUAUUCUGAAAUAGAGCAUGCAGCAGUAAUGUUAUUGAAAUUAUUGUUUUAUUGAUCAUAUUUCGAUUUAGAAUAGAUCUACUAGAUCUAGAUAUAAGUCUAGAAUCUAGACUAGAAUCCAGAUUCUAUAUGCUGUCUCGCAUUGAUAUCCGGUUAUAAGAGAUGUCUUCUUUUCGAGAAAAUGAAAGUUUAUGAAAAGUGGUUCAAAACAAAUGGCUAUCGAAAUUCGGCAAUGAUAGAUCUAUAAAAUGAACGAGAAUUGGUUAUUUUUUUCCAACAUAAGGCAUGAGUAUCUUGAAACCUGUUGGGGUGUUUUGGGACAUAGAAAAUUGCCAUGUCCCUAAAGGCAAAUCAGCUUUGAAAAUAAUAGAAAGAAUACGCAAACAGUUUUUCCAAGACUUCAGAGAAGCAGAGUUUAUCUGUGUGUGUGAUAUCAAUAAAGAAGCAGAAAGCACAAUCAAAGACCUCAAUGAUGGUCAGAUAAAUGUGGUUCAUAUUAAUGCAACAGCCAAAAAUGCAGCUGAUGACAAAAUUAGACAAAGCUUACGAAGAUUUUCAGAUUCACACCCACCUGGAACAAAAGUUAUACUUAUAUCUAGUGAUGUUAAUUUUGCCUCAGAUCUGUCUGAUUUACGACAUAGAAAAAAAUUUGAGGUGGUCCUCAUACACAAAGCACAAGUUAGUGAGGCUUUGCUUACUUGUGCUACCGAGCAUUAUCUUUAUGAGGAUAUUAUCAAAGAUCUUCCAGACAGGCCGGGAUAUAAGGAGGUCUCAGACAAUGUUCUUGUAGCAUAUGGAUACAGCAAAGAUUGUCCUGAUAUCAAGGUCAAACAAGUGCUCAAGAUGUUGUCCAAUAAUUGUGGUGGGAGGGUGAUUUCCAUUGGUCCUUUGUUUGCUAUUUUAAAAUUUGAGACUCCGGAAUUCGCUGAAAGAGCAAAGAAGAGAAUGAAUGGAGAAGAAGUGUUUGGAAGAAAAAUUACAGUUUGUUUGCCAGAGGAAACACCUUUUUUUAACACUGUGAAAAAAUUGUUAUCAUCCCACACAUCCAAAAGGCAGGAGAGUCCUUCUCCGCAAAGGCGUCCGGGAAGAGAAAGAAACAACUCACGUAGUUACACGCCUAAUAACUAUGACAGUGGCUUUGGGUAUCAGAAUGGCUCAAAUUACUUGCUGGGGGACAAUUACAGUGAUGAGAAUGAUGUGAGCCAGUUGUCAGAAUAUCAGUUUACGCCAAAGAUAUAUGAUCUCAAGUCUUACAAAACACCUGGGGGCCCAGUUGUCAGCAGCUGCCAUGUACCCACUGCCAGUGCUAACAGUAGCAGCUCCAGCCCCAACCACACCCACACUCUCCCAAACUCCAACUCUGAGAAGUAUUACCACAUCAAAUCUAAGCCUUCAUCUCUUGAUGGUUCUCCCUUUAAUAAUGGGUCAGCCUGUGAUAUCCAGCAAUCUUCCAGCGUCAUGUCAGGUCCAAGCUUUCCACUGGGUGACCUAAACAAAGUCACCAGUGGGUGUGACUCAACAGCUGUGUUUAAAAGGAAGCUAUCAGAUAUACCUAUACCUUCAUUUGGUUUUAGAGACAUUCCUCCUCCUCCUAUUAAGUACAGUGCAGAGACAAAAUCUUUAUCCUGUGAUCCAAUUCAGCUGGUUGAAAAUGCUUCCAAGGACAGUACUACCUACAUAAUGUCAAGUUCAUCUGGUCUAGACCUAACUCCUCAUCCAGAUUUACAAACGCCCCCUUCUCAACCAGCAGUGAGUUUAUUUGGGGGACACCAGAACACACACUUUAAUUCAUCUCAGGGCUCAGCUUUCACUAAGCUCCAGCCAGUCAGCUUGUAUCAGAAUCAUAUCAAGCAACCCUACUCCCAGCAUCACCAGCCUCGAAGCAUGUCCGUCCCAGUGCACAAUAACACUGCUGUCCCCAAAGAUAAACUGGCAUCGGAAAAUGAAUUAAGUGCUUUGCAGGGUUACCCUCCAGCCAAUACCUUUAGGAGCCAGUCACAGAAUGCUGGAGUUUUUAAAAAACCUAUUUCACCUCAGAAGACUUUCAAUAGAAACCAUCUCAACUCAGGUAGCUAUAGCACAAGCAAUUGUCAAUCCAGUCCAAGGGUACAAAACUCUAGUCAAAGCAAUGGAAAAGAUCAUUUACGGCACAGCUUCUCUUCUGAUGGUGAAGACAGGCCCUAUAGCCCUUCAGGUAAUUCAUCCUCCAACAUUAAAGCAGGUUUCCGCCCUCGUCUACCAUCAGCACCUCUUGUCUCCUUACCAAAUAGUCGCACACCUUCACCAUUUUCUUGUCCAUCAUCAAGCCGUCCAAGGUCCAAACAACACGGUAGCAACUUGUACAGGGUACCAACUCCAGAUGAAAUUGGAGAACCAUCAACUGACUACAUCAAUCCAGAGUUUAACCCAGACAGAGAUUCUUAUGUUGAGCUCAUUGUCUCCAACUUGGACUACAACAUCCAGCCCAGGGAGUGGAGGAAAAUUAUUUAUGCCACGUUUUUCCCCCAUGUCAAGAUUUUAAGCAUACAUGUGAGACUGCAAGCAGACAACACAUCCAUGGCUGUUGUCAGAUUAGUUUCUGAGCAAGAUGCAAGAUUUGCCAUAACCCAGUUUCAUCGACGUAAAAUAGGUUACAAGAGAAUUAAUGUGCAGUUCAAAACUGACACCUCUCAGUCACCCGCAGAAUCACUCAGGACUGACACCAUUGCCCUGCUGAUGGAGACAAAAGAAAACAAGAUGGCCCUGGCUCAACUUAUUGAUAGAUUUGAUAAAAGGUUUCACAAAUCUGUGAGUGUCUCUGACAUUUACAAAAUGAGGGAUAUUAUACAGGUUAUAGAAUCAGGUGGGGCAGGACGGUGGGUCAAACUCCAACCAGGAAUCUGUCGUUCACCCACACCUGUACAGAAUGCAGAUGGGGAGCUUUCUGAGGUUUUGGAACAACCAGUGUGCCCUAUUCACUGUGUUGAAGGCAGUCUGUCUUACACUGAAGCUCUCAACUCCUGCAUGUUGCCCAAUGUACAGAUUCUGCGGAAACAUUUUGCCCCUCAGCUUCAUUCAUUGCUUCUGUCCCACAAUGGUUACAUUCCACUGAUGAGCUUUCCAGCUUGUUAUACUGCUGAGUUCCAACCUAUAGAAGCUUGUACUGAUGGUGGUAUUCCACUGGAACAUGUUAUUAGCUGUGUUCCUGGAGUGGAAAUAACUGUGUCCAAGAUUGGAGUCAAGAUGAUACAGUUCCAAGAAAAUAGGGAGCAGUUCUAUGACAUGAUGAAAAGUAGUAGUUGGCAAGAAUUGGGCAAGAUUAGUCGCGAGGUGAUGGAGCUUCUCCGCCAGCAGUCCAACUGUAUCAUGCCAGUGUCCAGGUUUAUUCCAGCAUAUCAUCACUACUUUGGGAGACAGUGCCGAGUAGCAGAUUAUGGAUACACUAAGUUGCAGGAAUUGUUUGAGGCCAUCCCACAUGCUAUCCAAAUAUUAGGUACCGGUGAUAGAAAAGCUAUAACUUUAAGUCCAAGAGCUCAGCUUAAAAGAUUCACCACAGAUAUACUGAAGGUGGUCAAAGCUCAACCUGCUAAACAAGUUAUGUUGGACCACUUCCCACCAGCCUAUGAGAGAGUCCUGAAUAAACCUUUGUACCUACCUCAUUAUGGUGUAUGUUUUAUGGAAGAUGUGUUGAUGGAUAUACCCACCACUACACUCAUUGUCAUUGAGGAAGGCAAUCAAACACUGCUGGCUCUACCUAGAAGAGACCAAACACCUGAGGAGGUAGAAAGAACCAAACAAUUUGCCUUAGAAGUGGUAGACCUGCUCAAACAGAACCCACAGUGUAAAAUGCCAUUUAACAAAUUUAUUCCUGCCUACCACCACCACUUUGGCCGACAGUGUCGUGUGGCUGACUAUGGGUUCUCUAAGCUGGGAGAUUUAUUUGAAGCUGUUUGCCAUAUUGUGGAAAUUGAGGAAGAUGGUGAAGAAAAGUUCAUCCAUCUUUGUUUAUCAGAACUUCGCAAAGUAUUGUGUGAUCAGUUAACAACUUUGAUCACUCCCCAUGGCUUUAUUCCUCUGCACAAGUUACUCAGUGAAUAUGGAAAUCAGUUUGGUUUUAAUCUGAAGCUGGAGGAUUUCAAAGUAAACUCACUCAAAGCCUUGUUGCAGAAAUUGAAAUCCCAUAUUAAGAUUGAAGUCAGAAAUGGCCAGGAGGUUGCUACCCUGGUCAAAGAAUCUCAGAUCCCAAAGUUGGGACUGCAGGUCAUGCAACUCUUGAUGGAUGAGUCUGGUGGUAGCCUGCCUUUGAUGGAGUUGACUUUAAGAUAUGAGUCUCUCUUUGGUGUCAGCUGUGAUGUUGACCAGAUCCGUGAAGAGUUGUCAGAUUAUAUACAGAUAGACGAAGAGGAAGGGGACAGUGGUGGAGUUAUUAGACUGACUACUCAGCAAAUGUUGGGACGCAAUUUGCGCCUACUAUUGCUCCACAAGCAGCGCAUCAGCAUGAGUGACCUCCCCAGUAUGUACAAAGGGCAGUAUGGUGUGGAGCUGACCCCAGCUUUGUAUGGCUUCACCAGCCUGUACCAACUGCUGCUGUCCUUCAGCCACAUUUUGGAUGUGAAGGGAAAGCCGACUCAGAAGUACAUUGUCUUGUCUAGUGUGCUCUCAGUUCCAGGUACCCUGCCCCCGGCACGUGUGGAUUUGAAAUCACCUACACAAACUAAUUCAUAUCAAGAUCAAAAUGGAUCCCCAACUCAAGCACUUGAACUACUGCGUCAUGCUUCCAAUUUAUGGGAUCCAAGAAUUGCCUCACAAGGAGGUGUAAGUCUUUCAUCUAAUUUCUUGUCCAAUACCUCACCCCCUGUGAUAGCCACAAAAAUCAUGGAAAUCCUGAACAGUGCCAAAGCUAGUGCAACAGUAUCCAAUAAUGAAAAGGUUUCUUCUUGUCUAAUAUCUCCUGAUGACAUUCCAGAAACUUGGCAGAUGAAAGCAGGAGCUGACGCAGACAAGAUGUGUAGAGGAACUAUUGGGCUUAGUGUGGAUUCUGAAACUAAUCAAAACUUCAGUCCUCAACACUCCUGUGAAACUGUCUCUCAGACUGAGCUGGACUCAAGAACUUCUCCACAUGGCAGCUUGCCUUGUGAUGUAGCAGCUGGUGAGGAAUACUUCUGUGAUGACCUGAAGGAGGAAGAUUUGUUCUCAUCUAACAACCUGCCAUUGGAGACCAGCUCUACCACCAACUCACAGCACAACUCCUCUCACAGUUCAACUAACUCUCACAGUUCAACUAACUCUCCUAUCAAACGCAGGCCUCGGAUUGCUGCUAAUUUCAAUAUGGCCUCUUAGGCAUUGCCUUUAAAGAUCUAUGAGCAUUGCAACUGCUUUUUAAAUAUGUCUUUUCUGUGAAUUGUUUUACUGUCUUUCUUCUCUAGGCCUUUCAUUAGAAUGUAUUAUGGGUAGAGUUAAUUGACUAAGUGUAUUAUGGGUAGAGUUAAUUGACUGAGUGUACUAUGGGUAGAGUCAAUUGACUGAGUGUAUUCUUAUUGAAGAGAAUUGACUUAAUAGUUUGCUUGUUAAAUUCUAUUUACUUUUUCCCCCACCAAAUAUACAUUUUGAUGUCUUUUUUUUUAGUUUCUAUCCUCAGUCUUGGAUAAUGUACUUUUGGAAGUUACUACUUAAAUUUAUAUUUUCAGUAGCAUAUAGUUUAAUUUUUUUUAUACUAUUAAGUUUUGUGUAUAGGCUAAUGAAUUUACUUUACAGUGUACCUGGAAUGGUAUAUAAAAUCUUUCAUUCAAAAGAACUUGAAGAACUGUACAACUUAUUUUACAAGUUUAUUCACAAUAGGGCUUAAUGAAAUGUUUUUUUUGUUUUCAAGUAGGUAAAACUGUGUAGUGAGAGAUUGUGCAUUUUUUUUUUCUGUGCUUAAAAUUGUGUAAGAACAUUGUGUGUGUCCUGAGUUGCUAGUAAAAUGAAGUCAUAUUGCUUUAUUUCUGUCUUCAGAUGACCAAACCAUGACUUGAACAUGUGACACUAGUGACUUGGUAGUUGACACUAACUGUGAUUUGUGAUUGUUUUUUUUUUCCAUUGUUUUUCUAUUCAGUGACCAUCCUGCCUCAGUUGUUCCUGUACACAUGAGGUACUGGGUAUUAGUCAGGAAGAGAACUCCACCACAUCAAUUAGAAUAACACAUUUGCUGUGAUCUGACAUCUAUGCCAUCUUUAACAGUUGUACUUUUUAAGAUUUUUUUUGGCUUACAGUUAAUGUAGAGUUGGGUUUAAGUUGUGAACUUUUUGUUGACCUUUGUGCAUAGUUUGUGUUUAGAACACAAGUUGAUCAUUCCUAUACUUGAUGAAAGUAUUUUAUGUUUUGUUGUCAAGCCCAGUGGAUUUUUUUUUUAUAUAUACAUUAUAUCAUCCAUGAACAACAAAAGCUGUUAAACUGAGUUUACUAUUUUAGAAAUGACUGUCAACGCCAAUGCAAACAAGACAGCCCUUGCCUUCCAAAAAGAACAUCCUAUGCUAUGUUUUGAUAUUGUAUGUUUCAACUGUGACCUUCCUGUACUGUUGCCAAGAGUAUGUCUAGGGACAGAGUUGAAACACUCAACAUUUUAACAACACUUGACUUGUUGAACCUGAUUGAAGUAUUUUGCAGUGUGGCAUAUAUUUCAACCCUGCAACUUGUUACUUGUAUAUUUUUGAGUGGUCUCCCAUAUGGCAGUUACUUUUUACAUUGUGUUCGAUGUAUUUUUUGCUGCUUAGGGACAGAGGUGAAACUGACAGGGUCUACACAAUGUAAUGUAUUCUCUGAAGUUUGAGAGCUGUGCCUGCAGGGAUGGGAUGCUGGAUGUGAAAUGUUCCCAUGUCUGAGCUAAUCCAUACAAAUGUCACAAGACAUUUCUUUAGACCAGUUGAGCUCAGCUAUGUGAACAUAGGUCAGUGGUGUUGAGAGGCCUGGACUGUCAAUGGAUUUAUUUGGCUUUGAUGUUUAGACAGAAACCAGUUAAAAAAAAACUGCUUGAUUUGUUUUUUAAACAUAAAAUUUAUUUACAUUUUGUACUUUUUAUUCUAACAACCAAAGUCCUCACCAUGCUAUUGCCAACAAGUUCCAUGGCAUAGAGCUGUUACUUUUCUGCCUGUAUUCUCCAAUAAUUGCAAUAGUAUACAUUUUGUUUCUUUCACUCCUCUACUUUGAACUCUAUGUAUAUGUGUUGGGUCCUUGUCCCAGCAGUUGUGGGAUUCUAUUUGUAUAGUGUGCUGUUUACAAUGGACAAGUGCAAUACAUUUUGGCCAGACAGCUCUAUAGAAUAUUUGCCACUAUAUAGAUGCUUCUAGUCUUUUAUCAAAAGUGAGUCAUUUUUUGUUUGGAUAAUGAAGCAUUACAUUGAAUGGAAAGGUCUAGAUCUGAUUCCAUAAUAAACAUGGUCACUGAA